AUGGAAGUUAAUGAAAGUUCGGGAGGAUAUUUCAUCUUAAUGGGCUUUUCUGACCAACCUCAGUUAGAGCUGAUCUUUUCAUUAUUUGUCUCUGUGUUCUACACCAUUACAUUGAUGGGCAACAUGACCAUUAUCAUCUUAUCUUUUCUGGACUCUCGGCUCCUCACUCCUAUGUACUUCUUCCUCAGAAACCUCUCUUUCUUGGACAUCUGUUUCACAACCAGCAUUGUCCCCCAAAUGCUGAUGAACAUCUGGGGGCAUAAUAAGAGAAUCAGUUAUAUUGGCUGCUUGGUCCAAUACUCAGUAGCUUUGGCUCUUGGAUCUACUGAAUGUAUGCUUCUUGCUGUGAUGGCUGUGGACCGCUAUGUUGCUGUCUGCUGGCCCCUGCGCUAUACCACCAUCAUGCAUCCUCUACUCUGCCAUCUCCUGGCAGCUGCUUCCUGGUUCUCAGGCUUUGUUAAUUCACUCCUUCAGUCAUCUUUGGCUAUGGUGUUGCCAUUAUGUGGCCACUGCCAGGUAGACCAUUUCCUUUGUGAGUUGCUUGUUAUUAUCAAGCUAUCUUGUGUGGACACUAGGUCAAUGGACUCUAAAAUGUUCAUUGCUCGCCUGAUCAUUCUGGCCAUCCCUGUCUCUAUCAUCCUCACCUCGUAUGCCUGCAUUGCUUGGGUAGUGGCAAAGAUCCGCUCAGCUGAGGGACAGAGGAAGGCUUUUGGGACCUGUGCCUCACACUUGAUGGUGGUUUCAUUGUUCUAUGGGACUAUCAUGUCAUUGUAUCUUCAACCCAAGAGCAAUUAUUCUCAAGGCCAAGUCAAGGUCCUGGCCCUUAUCUAUACCAUUAUAGCUCCCACCCUCAACCCUUUGAUAUAUACACUGAGAAAUAAAGAUAUAAAUAGGGCAAUUAAGAAAGUAAUGGGGAAAGAUCAAACCUAG